AUCCGAAGCAGCUAGCAGCUGCAGCAGAGCGAGCGAUGCAUCCAUUCCUCCAAGCUGCCAAUUUCGAGGGCCGACAUUUAUCCCAUGCCAAGGGGAUCCGACAACGAUGCCAACCCUUAUCCUUUUCCUCCAUCGAAACCACCGCUGCAAAAAUCGCAAAUUUAUUUGGCCUCCCCUUCCAUUCCCCCAAUAUUUCCCGGGAAAAAUCCAGGAUAAAAUUGCCCACGGGCUCUGUAGUCUGUUCUUUCUGAAGGAACUAGACUUGUACGGGACAGCUGCGGCUGCGCAGCUAGCUUUAUCCUCGUGAUGCUCAUGCUGUAUUGCUGUGCUUCGGUGUUGGAGGUUUCUGCGUUUGCUGCUGUUUGCCCGGAGAGAACGAACGCUUUGCAGUUCUCGCAGGGUUGCUCGAGUCAUCGAGUGCAGUAGUAGUAUUCAGAUGAUGAUUGAUGGAUGGACUGUGAGAUGUUCAUCUUCUUUCUCCAGGACCAAGAGUCGUGAGGACAUGGACGGCAAUGGGAGAUCGGCGGCGAAUCAAAAGAAGCCCAUCGUCACGGACGACGAUCUCGUGGAGCUGCUAUGGCACAACGGGAGUAUCGUCGCGCAGCCCCAGGCGCACCAGAGGCCGGCGCCCUCCGACCGCCCGAGCAGCAGCGGCCUCACCGGCGAGGAGACCGCCGCGUGGUUCCCGGACACCCUUGACGACGCGCUGGAGAAGAACCUGUACACGCAGCUGUGGUACAGCAGCAUCGCCAACCCCAGCCCGCACCACGGGGACACGUUCCCAGGCCCUAGCUCACAGCCCCCGACGGCGUUGGCGCACCUGGCGAGGCCGCCGAUGGGGAGCGGCGUCGAGUCGAGCUGGGCCGGCGAUAUCUGCUCGACCUUCUGCGGCAGCAACCAGGUGACCAGAAUGCCAGUGGGGGGCAGUGGGGAGGACGCGGCAUUGCCGUCGGAGGCGCCGCGCGGGGCUGGCACCGGCACCGGCACCGGCACGUCGUCGUCCGGCAGGUCCGGGAGCAACUUUGGGGGAUCCGGGUUGCCGAGUGACAGCGUCCAUGUCCACAAGAGGAAAGGGAGGUGCAGAGACGACUCGGGUAGUCAGAGUGAGGAUGCUGAGUGUGAAGCAACAGAGGAGACCAAAUCAUCGAGGAGAUAUGGGUCGAAGCGCAGGACUCGCACAGCUGAAGUUCAUAAUCUCUCAGAGAGGAGAAGAAGGGACCGGAUCAAUGAAAAGAUGCGCGCGUUGCAGGAGCUGAUACCGCACUGCAACAAGACUGACAAAGCAUCGAUAUUAGAUGAGACAAUAGAGUAUCUGAAGUCUCUCCAAAUGCAGAUUCAGAUCAUGUGGAUGACUUCCGGGAUGGCGCCAAUGAUGUUUCCUGGUGCUCACCAAUUCAUGCCACCAAUGGCUCUGGGCAUGAAUUCAGCUUGCAUCCCGGCAGCACAAGGCCUAAGUCAGAUGCCAAGAGUACCACACAUGAACCAUCCCCAGCCAAAUCACAUCCCUUUGAACCCGUCUCCAGCUAUGAAUCCACUGAAUGCUGCGAACCGGAUGCAAAAUAUUCACCUCAGCGAGGCAAGCAAUCACUUCCUUCACCCAGAUGGUGGGCAAACAGCGGCACCACAGGUACCAGGACCCCAUGCUUAUGGACCUCAAAUAGCACAAGCUGCACAGCACAAUAGGAUACCAGAAGUGCCAGCUAGUACUCUUGUGCCAACUUCUAGGGCAGGACAACCGCCUACUUAUGAUGGAGUUUAGAAUUACCAAAAUCUUCUAAGGAGUUGUACUGAUAAAACUGAUGAUGUACAUAUAACUUGAGUUGUAUAUUACUGCAUAUCUGUAUAUAAGUGUCAGUAGUGUAUGCAGUCAUUCUUUGACAUCUAAACUUCUGUAGUAACUAGGAGUCUACAUAUGUAACACAGGAAACUCGUUUAGGUACCAUAUGUACUCAGAGCUGCGUACCGUUAAGCGGUAGUAUUCAAGUUGAAUGGAUGGGAACUAUAUGAAGAUGUCCUCUUUCAGCUUAA